GAAUGUAUACCACGUGACAGCCACUUAUCGGAGCAGUAUCGGCUGUCAGGCGCCUCCGCUUCGAGUCGUACUGACCGCAGUGUCGCGAGUUCAACGGAUGCGGCUGCGUCGCGACGGAAAUGGAACCGGGAACACUGACGAGGGUGCUGCACGACUUCCUCACUACCGUUGAUGGAGAGCUGAGUCUUCCCAAGGGACAUUAUUUCCUGAUUCAUGAGAUCAUAGACAAGCACUGGUGCCGUGGUCAGUCUCAAGACAAAAUCGGCAAAUUUCCUCUAAGUCAUCUGCAUAAAGUAGAUAUCCCUCAGCUUGGUGAAACGGAAAGACUGUUUGUCUCGAUAGCCAGCUUCCCUGGAGAGGAAACUGGAGAUCUGUCUUUUGCGCAAGGAGAACUUAUAAUUGGAACGAGGGACAUAGGUUCAGGAUGGUGCAUGGGCAGGACAAGUUCCAAAAAUGGAAUUUUUCCAAUGACACAUACUUGGGAACUGGAUAUAUCAAUAAUAAAGAAAACAAUAAAAAAGAAAUCAAUAAGAAAGAGAGCCAAGGUGAAAACAACAUUAAAGGCACAACUUGAUGAAGAAUUGGACUUAAAUGCGGGAGAGAUCGUUGUUGUUAUAGAAAUUUUAGAUGAUGGAUGGUGUCGUGGAAUUACGGAAGAUGGUAGAGAAGGCAUAUUUCCAGAGGGAUUUAUAUCCUACUUAGAUACGGACCAAGAUAUGAUUGAUCAGGGAGAAAUGACAACCGCGAGCAAUCUUUCGUCUUUUUCGACGGUCAAUAGCACAAUUUACAAGGAUUUUGGUCAAACUUCUAUAAACCAUUAUGUAAACUUGCCUGAUGAACCUGCUCCAAAUUAUUUUGAUUUAUUUCCUGAGGUAAUGCCGAUAACUCAUGAUACAACUAAUGAUACAAGAAAUAUACAAUAUAAUAAUCAUGAAAAUUCUAUUGAUAUUAAGCCAUAUGCUAUAACAUUAUAUCCAUUUAAUGCACAAUUUCCAAAUGAACUGAGCUUUGGAGCAGGCGAGGUGGUGCAUCUCACAAGACAUAUCGAUUCCGAAUGGAUGGAGGGUAUUAUCGAUACCACUAAAGGCAUUUUUCCAUCAUCUUAUGUCAAUAUUAUAGUUGAUUGUGCAGAAGUCAAACAGCAUCAAAUCCAACCUGAAAUAAUUUCUGCAAAAAAAGAUGCUCUGGAACCGGGUGCUACUGUAAGAGUGCUAUUUACUUUUAACGCACAAAUGGAUGGUGAUCUGAAUGUCCACGAGGGUGAGGUCGUUACUGUAUUAGAAAUGGCUAAUGACGAUUGGGUGAAAGUGAAAAAUAAGAAUGAUCUAAUCGGUUUGUGUCCGCGGGAAUAUUUGAGUUCCGUAUCUGAAUAUUCGUUGAACAGUUUAGAAAAAUCAAAUUUGGAAGAUUUUGAAGAUUUUGUGAUGAUUCGACAUAAAGAAGGGAAUGCUGUCACAAAUGAGGAACAAACUCCGAAGAGAUUAUCUCAACCGCACAGGCCAGCACCACCAGCUCCAGCUCCAGGCAGAACGCCAUUACAAAAGGAAACUCUUAUUAAUGGAGAAGUAUCUGCUCAAAAUGAUCGAACUCAGGAAAAUAAAUCUGUAAUUAAUAAUAUUGUAGAUAUGAAACAAAAGCGUAUAGAUCAACGACAAAAUGUAAUAUCGGAAUUAGUUAUAACAGAAAAGGAAUACGUUCGUGAUUUAAAGUUAACAUAUGAAACAUUUAACUUACACGAUCCGAGUUUUCUUGAAUCGAAGAAGAUUGAUGUCGCUACAUUAUUUGGGAAUAUUUUAGAAGUUAUUCACGUUGCUGAAGAAUUAUUGGAUAUGAUUUUAAAAGCUAUGAAAGGUUGCGAUGAAAACUUACAAACAAUUGGACCUUGUUUCGUGAAAAUGGCCGACAAAAUGAAAAAUAUUUAUGUCAAAUAUUGUGGAAAUCAUGAGGCUGCGUUAGCUUUGUUAAACAAGUAUGAAAGUAAUGAAGAAAUUAUGAGAGUAUUUAACAAAGGUAUUGAAACAUUACGUCGUCAGAUUGCUUGUUUUGAUAUGAGCUCUAUUCUAAUAAAACCAGUUCAAAGAAUUUUAAAGUAUCCAUUAAUAUUGUAUGAAUUAGUAAAGUGUACAGAAGACAAUCAUCCAGAUAAAGCAGCCAUAGAGGAGGCAUGGAAAGUUAUGACAAAUGUAGCCAGUUACAUCAAUGAAUAUAAACGGAGAAGAGAUAUUGUAUCCAAAUAUUUAGAUAGUGAUAAUACUUUAUUAAGCAAAAUGUCAAAAUUAAAUAUGCAUUCUGUGGCAAAGAUGUCAACGAGGCUAAGUACGAGAUUGUCGGCUAGUCUAGGAUUGACAAAUAUCACGAGCGACACCGAGUUUGAGGAACUUGAAAAACAAUUUCGAUCUAUAGAGAAAUGUACAUGGCAAUUGGUGAAAGAUAUUGAACAAUGUAUUACAUAUUUGAGUGACGAAGCUAUGUCCGGUGAAGCUAUAGCCGAAUUGCUGGUUCAUUAUUAUCAGGAAAGUCCGACUGGCGAAGUGAAAAAGUUAAAAGAUAUAAGAUCUACGAUUUGGUCUCAAUAUAUGCAGGAUUUUAAAUUGUGUAUCGAAAAGAGAGUCAGUGCACCAUUACAUUCCUUAGCUAUGAUGUUGGAAGGACCGGCAGUAUUGGUAGCAAAAAGGCACGAUAAGUUGCUGGAUUACGAUGCUGCUAUUUCAAAGAGUGAAAAAUAUAAGGAAUCAAAAAUUGUACAAGAAGAAUUAUUUACCGCUAAAAGUAAUUAUGAAGCUCUUAAUCAGCAAUUGCUGGAGGAAUUACCUAUAUUUCUGGAUGCAGCAGCGAAUAUUUUAGUUACUUGUAUAAAUGCAUUCGCAAGUGCUCGAAAAUUAUUAAGCGGAAGAAUUACCAAACAAUAUCUAACUCUUUGCGAGACAUCACCGCAUCUAUCGUCGCAAGAUGUAUUAGAGUCAUUUCUCGUGAAUCAUAAUUUAGUUUGGAAUCAAAUAAAACGUUUCGCAUUUGCUGACACGAAUUUCUCGAUAGACGAGAGUCAGUCACAAUCGUGUAAGCAGACCGAAGAGCAAAGAUCCUUGCUCAGAGAGAAAUACACUGUGGAUAAAUUGUAUGUAGUAGUUGAAGACGUUGCUAGUUCAUCUAUAUUGGAUGUGGGUGCUGCAAGAGGUACGUUAGUUGGAGCCAUAAAAAAACAGGAUCCAAUGGGAGAUACAGCGAGAUGGUAUGUCGAUACUGGAGUUACUCAAGGAUUUUUGCCUUCUCAAAAAUUGAGACCAGUUCAGCGACAAAAUCAACAUUGUGAUCAAAUCGCAUCAGAUAUCUCGGCAGUUACCGAGAAAAAGAGAUCCAGUCCUCCGAAUUUAAUGUCACUAGAUUCUCCAGAAAAAGAGAUCAAAAAGGAAUCUACAUCGCAUUUGCAAGAUUUGCUUUUGUUAGAUCAAGAAAUGAAAAUAAGUCACAAUUAUAGCAACAUUUCUGACAUGAAAAUAAAUCACAAUUAUAGCAACAUUUCUGACAUGAAAAUAAAUCACAAUUAUAGCAACAUUUCUGAAACGCCGAGAGUUCAAGUGUAUCAAAAUAUACACAGCGAAUUUUACUAUGCGAUGUACGAUUUUGCUGGAAACAUACCGGGUACAUUGCCUAUUACUAAUGGUCAAGCCCUGAGACUCCUCAGACCUCAUGACGAAAAGGGAAACGAUGAAUGGUGGCUUGUAGAAAAUCGUAAUGGCAAACAAGGUUAUGUUCCACGGAAUUAUUUAAGUUCACUCAUUAAACCAAAGUCAUAACGACGAAAUAAAGUCAUAAUAAAGCACAGGUUUUAUAUUUAUAAUGUUAAGACUCUAUUAAGAUCAAUAAUUUGGUGAUUAACGCCAUAUUAAAAUCAAUAAUGAUCAAUAAUGAUAAUCAACCUCAUCGCGGAAUUAUUGAUUAAAUUA